AAUCACUAAUAUUUCAAACAAUAUCCAUAGAAAACCACGAUGAUCCAUACACGUGCACUUUGACAAAACUACUAUUCGAUGACUUGACUAAAAAUUAGAAUUCUUUAAAAGAAUUAUUCAAACGGAUCGUUGAUUGAUCAUUCAUUGUAGAUUCUUGGAAGAGGAAAUGGAUUUUGUUUUAAUAAUUUAAUUCUGUACAUCUACCGUAUGUAAAGAUAGCAAUGAAUUGUAGAAAUUAGUCCAACUAUAAGUCUGUUAUGGAUAGGAUAGAAUAAAUCAGGGGAGUAAUGACUAGAUAGAUCGGAGCCGUGGUUCGCGUUCAUAGUGGGCCGCGGUCUGGUAGUAAGUGCAUCUGAUUUUUGUCAAACAACUGGUGACGUUUCAGUUGAAUAAAGCUUUGUACCUUUCUUCAUUUUUUAAAGAUUCUUGUUUUGGAUUUCAAUUAUUUCGUUUCAUCGAGUGAUAAUGAAAGGUUUUAUGGUAUUAUUUCUUGGAAUUUUAAUUCUUAAUUUUUUGGAAAUCUCGGGGCGAAGAGGUCGAGGUAGGAGUCGAAGCAAGUCACGAGUUCAAAUUGGACUACCAAUCACCGGAAAAUACCGAGAUCCAGAAAGUGAUCAGUAUUAUAAUAAUAAUAAUGGCGCAAAAAUUCUGUUGGCAUCUCAUUUUGAUCUUGAAUACGUCCUGGGCCACAAAAUAGCUUUUCUCUGUGUCGCCAGAGGAUCACCACGACCCCACAUCACCUGGUUCAAAGAUGGAGCAGAAAUAUACAGUCAUUUGUAUCUUCACGUGCACGAAUGGCAAGUACGAAAUGACACCGUCAAAUCGAAACUAGAAAUCGACCCGGCCACGCAGAUGGACGCAGGAGUUUACGAGUGCACUGCUGAUAACAUGUAUAGCAUUGACAGAAGAUCAUUCAAGACGGAUUUUUCAAUUGCAUUCGAUUGACAGAAUAUUUUUUCUCAAUGAAAUUGUCAAGAUUACUGAUCAACCAGUGAGGCUCACCUUUUAUCCACCAACUUCCUGAUUCUCAAUUGACUUGAAAUUGUAUAGAAUGUCAAACUAUUAUGAUGAAAUAAAACUAUACCAUGAGAA